CUUUUCAGAUCAAUGUCUUCUCCUGCUCCAGGCAGGCGGACCAACGCCUCUCUUCGUACUCGACGUCCUACAACUUACUAUGACAAUGAAAAGGACUCAACUGGUGAUCCCAACAUACCUAGAAACCCUCAAUACCCUCCUAACGCAUCUGGGCGAGAUGAGGACGAAGACGAAUUUCCAAAUCCACCAGGAAGAUCUACAAACCCAGCUUCAGGUCAAUCAAAAUCAAAUCGUUCGGGAUCACAAGUUCCUGAUUCAACCAAACCUACUCGUAGUACACCCAGACCUCGAGAGCAACCUCGCGGUCUGCCUGCCGGUCCAGGAGAGAAGAGUAAAGUGGGAGCGGCACUUCGAAGUAAACGGCAAAGUGUUUCCUAUGGACCUCUAGCACCAGCCCGGACUGCCAAUGCACCUCCAAUGCCUUCGAUGCCGAAAGUACCUGGCAAACAUUUAGUGCAAGGCGAUGUAUCUCGAGCAGGCGGUGGUGGACCUGUAGGAAGGCGUAGGAACGAAGAUGGUAUCCGAACUGAAUCUCGAAGAGUGAAGAGUGGUGCAGAUAUUGACUUGGAAACUCUCGGACAUGAUAAGUUUGAUCCUGAGAAAUACUUAAAGGUCCAUUUAUCGAUCAGUGGUGGUUCAGAUCCUCAACAUCUCAAAGAUUUCAAGGACCGUUUAAGAUCAGCUCAAGUAGCUACCAAUCAGGACUUGCAAGAAAACGUCUACAAGUUUUUCAUAUUUCUUGAAUUUCUUAUCAGAAAUUACUCGGCCUUUGUAGCAAUCAGUAAAGAGAUUGCUACUCUUGAGAAUGAGAUGUUGGAACUCAAGACAGUUCUGGAAGAAUUUAAAACUCUCCCGGGUGAUUUAGAUAUGGGUCUAGGAUCCGAGGAAUUCAAUUUGAGUGGAGGAAGUCUGACAAGUGACAUUCGGAAAAGGGCCGCUCGAAAUUCAGUUGCGGACGUCAACGCUCUCUAUCGAACUCAAUUGGAGGCUCUAUGGGAGAAUGUUGAGGGCUCACAAAAGUUUUUGCCUGUCGUUCCUGGUCGACAUCUUGUAUCCGAAAGCAAGACCUUUGUAGAACUCAAUUCCAUUACUUAUAAACCUAAACACAACGUUCAUCUCUUCCUGCUAAAUGAUACACUCUUGGUGGCUGUUCCUAAACGAACGGGCAUGGGCAGUAGUAAGGUCAAGCUCGUGGCGGAUAAGUGUUUCAAUUUGGGCGAAAUCUCGGUUACUGAUCUUAAAGAUGGCGGAGACUUGGAUAACGCCGUUAAGAUCACGAGGGCUCGAGAAACUGCCCUGUUUAAAACUGAUAGAUCAGAAGACAAAAGAGCACUACUGAGCUCAUUCAAAAAAGGAGCUGAAGAGCUUGCUAGUCGAAAACGAAAACAAAGCAUCAUGGAAGCUGAGCAGCGCAGGGGGGGUGGACGACAGCAUGCUCUGGAUGGCUAUGGAGGUGGUGAUCGACCUCCUUUACCUACCAUGUACGAAGAAGGAGCAUUUGAGAUCCCAAAUUUACAAACCGUUCAACCGAGUAAGAUCUUAGGAUUUGGAAAGCAUGAUCCAAGUGGAAAAGAUUUGAGUUGGAUUGGUGAUCUUUCAGAUGAAUUAUCUGUUUCAAUUGCUUGUAGAGCUUAUGAUGAAGCAAGUGAAUUAAUUGAAAAAUCUAAAACAAUCUUGGUACAACUCAAAUCUGUACCCAAUUCACCAAUUUCACAACCCAUCAAUUCAGAAUCAAUUCAAUAUUCACUUUUAAAAGCUAAAAUAGAUGAAAAAUCACAAGAUUUAAUGCAAAAACUUUUUGAUGAUCUUCUUGAUCCUACCAUUAGGAAAACACAAGUCAUCAAGAUUUCAAAUUUGAUUACUAGAUUGAGUAUCAACCCAGCUAACCCCCUCGGAUCUCCUAGUGCGGUAGCCAACAUCGAGAAAGCUAAACGGAGCUUUCUAUCAAUGCGAUCUGAAUUAGUGAAAACCAGGAGUCGGAUGAUCAAGUUUGAGGGCGAUAUCGCACUAUGGGUCUCUCAACUCGCUAUGGUAAUCUUUACCUUGAUCAAAAAUACGUGUGAAUGGUACAUGACUGCUUUCAGAGACAAUCGGAUGGCUUCAGGCUUUGUUAGAUGGGCAGCUGAACAAAUUGAACUUUAUGCAUCAAUCUUUAGACGUCAAGUAUAUGGUGUUGAUCAAGAUGUACAAUCUAUUCAAGAUUGUAUGUCAGUAACGAAAGCUCAUGCAAGCAUGCUAAAAGAAGUUGGAUUAGAUUUUGGAUUUUUAUUAGAAUCACUUUUAAGUCCUGAAGCACAUAGUAAACUCAAACCUAGAAGAAGAUCAACUGAUGAUAUACGAACUAAACCUGAUCAAGGCUCUCGUAAGGAAAAAAAUUUAGCAAUUUGAUGAACAGUUCUCGGUUAACUUUGGAUGAUGUUUAUCUACCGUAUGAUAUAUUGGUUGACUGUUUUAUUGUGUAUAAGAUGUAUUUAUUUAUAUUGAUAGGGACAAUUGACCUUGUAAUAUGAGUGUCUCUGGAUUUGAAAAACUUGAAG